AUGGGUAACGAUGAUGCUGUCUAUCUUGCCAAGCUCGCCGAGCAGGCUGAGCGCUACGAGGAGAUGGUCGAGAACAUGAAGAUUGUCGCCUCUGAGGACCGCGAUCUCACCGUCGAGGAGCGAAACCUCCUCUCCGUCGCCUACAAGAACGUCAUUGGUGCCCGCCGUGCGUCCUGGAGAAUAGUCACUUCCAUCGAGCAGAAGGAGGAGUCCAAGGGCAACUCGUCCCAGGUCACCCUGAUCAAGGAGUACCGACAGAAGAUCGAGGCCGAGCUUGCCAAGAUCUGCGACGACAUCCUCGAGGUCCUCGACCAGCACCUUAUCCCCUCCGCCAAGUCUGGCGAGUCCAAGGUCUUCUACCACAAGAUGAAGGGUGACUACCACCGUUACCUCGCCGAGUUCGCCAUUGGCGACCGCCGCAAGGACUCCGCCGACAAGUCCCUCGAGGCCUACAAGGCUGCUACUGAGGUUGCCCAGACCGAGCUGCCCCCUACCCACCCCAUCCGCCUGGGUCUUGCCCUGAACUUCUCCGUCUUCUACUACGAGAUCCUCAACGCCCCCGACCAGGCUUGCCACCUUGCCAAGCAGGCCUUCGAUGAUGCCAUUGCCGAACUUGAUACCCUGAGCGAGGAGAGCUACAAGGACUCCACCCUCAUCAUGCAGCUCCUCCGCGACAACCUCACUCUCUGGACCUCUUCCGAGGCCGAGACGGCCCCCAGUGGCCAGGCUGAUGCCCCCAAGGAGGAUGCCGCCGCCCCUGCCGCUGAGGCUCCCGCCCCCGCUGAGGAGCCCAAGGCUGCCGAGUAA